AUAUAUUUUAGUGGUGGAGACACGUGAGCUAACCUAAAAAUCGGCACCGUGGAGGUCGGUCAUUUUGUAAGUAUUUUACCCGGAAUUAUAUUGCAAUGAGCGACGACGAAAUGGAACGUGCAAUCAACCAGGAGGUUUCUACAACCCAUGACAAACUCCUUAAGCCUGCGUUAAAACUUAACGACAAACAAAGAGUUAAGCAGCCAGUGAGAAGCGAGCCUAGUUUAGAAGUUUCAGAAUUCCAUUUGGUUAGAAGUGGAGUGCCGCGUCGACAUCGAAUUCAUGUGCAGAGCUUGGCAAAUAGUUUAGUUCGGAAAGGACGUAAUAUCGAGCUUACCAAGAAACUCAAAGCAACACAGAGCAAGGCGCAUCUUUUGUAUAAACCAUUGGAAAAACCUGCCGCUGAAAGAAUAAAGAGAAAGCUCGGCUUUGAUAACGUCAAGGAGGAAUUGCAGAAAUGGAACGCGAUAAUCGCCAGAAACCGAACGGCGGAGCGAAUGACCUUUCCACUUUCCCAGCCAUCAAUGGGUCUAGGAGGCACUACAUAUUUUUUUAACAGAUUUCGAAUUCAGUCUGAAUUGGAGAAAGAGCUUGCGGAAUUAGAACCAAAGAAACCAGAAAUUGAAGUAAAAGAUGACCAAUUUUCUGCAACACUGCAGGAAAUCCUGGAAAGAAGGAACGAAGCUGCAAAAUUAAGAGCUCAGCAGUCGUAUAGAGAAGCGAAAGCUUUUCGCCAGAACAAAAUCAAGAGUAAAAAAUUCCAUCGGGUUCAACGAAAGGAGAAGAUUAAGAAGCAAAUAAAGGAAUUCGAAGAGCUUCAAAAGAUAGAUCCUGGAGCCGCUCUUGAAAAAUUGGAGCAGUUGGAUAGAACGAGAGCAGAGGAGAGAAUGUCUCUGAGGCAUAAAAGUACUGGCCAGUGGGCUAAAAGUAAACAAGUUAGAGCAAAGUACGAUAAAGAGAGUCGGCAGGCACUUGCCGAACAAUUGGCCGUUAGUCGAGACUUGACGCAGAAGAUUCGGAAAGACGAGGACAGUGAAGACGAAGGAGAAGAAGAAGAAGAAUUAUCUAUACCAGUUUCAGCCAUGGAUAAGGAUAAUCCAUGGAUGACAAAUGGAACUAAGACCAAAUCUGAAAUCGAUGACUUUAUUAGUGGAUAUCGUAGGUAUUGGGAUGGAAAGAAAAAGGAAGAGGAAGAGAAACAGAAUCAGGAGGAGAGUGACAAAAAUAAAACUAAUGAUAAACCUGGUAAGAAAAGCAACACCGAAAAGGCGAAAAAGGAAGCUGUUACAUUGAAUCCAGUAGAAGAGGUAAUAAUAGAAAACAAGAAUCAUGGGAAACCCGUUAAAAAGAAAGGUGUUAACAAAAAAUCCAGCUGUUCCUCCAGUAAGAAAGUAUCAGAACAGAAAAAGAAAACGGCCGAGUCAGCGAAAAAUUCAGCAGAGACAAAAUCUAAAAGGAAACUAAAUGGAGUCAUAAGUAAAAGAGCGGUGAGGGCUUCGCCAGGCACAUCCAGUUGGUCUGUCACGCCUAUGAAGAGUUACGUGAAGAACAAUUUGCUUCCACGCAACAGCAUGAUCAACGACGUGGAGAACAAGUUGCAAGAUAAAAUCAACGAUAAACUGAAGAAGCUCAAGAGGAAGAUGGAUGCUUCCGAUGACGUCGAUGAGGUUGAGGAGAAAGAUGGUUCGGAGGACGAAGGAUACUCUGGAGAUCUUGGAUUCAAAAAACAGAGGAUUAGGCCGGUAAUAGAUGAACAGUUGGACGAGUUACCUGGAAGAAUGAAAUCUCGAGACAGCAAAGAAGCAGCUAAACCAAAGGCAAUGGCAAACGGUGACUUCAGCCAUGCCAAAGCGAAAACGAAAGAGGCAGAAAUCGAUCCAAAUAAGUUCAUCAAGGCGAAACCUGUGCAUAUGAUGUCUCAGUUACCCGAUAUGAUAACUGGAGGAGAGGAUGCGUUGGAUGACAGCGAGGAGGAAGAGGAGCGGUAUAAAAUAAUAAGCGAGGCCUUCGCCGACGACGACGUCGUGGACGAAUUCAGAAAAGAAAAAGAGGAAGAGGUAAAGAAGUCCCAGCCGGAAGACGUCGACCUCACUCUGCCUGGGUGGGGAUCCUGGGGCGGAAAAGACGUGGCGGUCUCCAAACGGAAGAAGAAGCAGUUUAUCAUGAAAUUCCCGAAAGAUGCGCCGCGCAGAGACGAGAAUAAGGGCGACGUGAUCAUCGUCGAGGGUGCCGAGGAACAGGUGAGGCAGCACCAGGUCAACGAGCUGCCAUUCCCGUUCGGCAGCGUUCAGGACUUCGAGGCGAGUAUUCGCGCUCCUCUUGGCAGGAAUUUCGUGCCCGAAAAUGCGCACAAGAGGCUGACACAUCCGGCUGUGAAGACGAAACUGGGCAAGAUCAUCGAGCCCAUGACCGAGGAUGUGCUGGUCGACAAGCUAAAGGUGAAACCCAAGGGAAGGAUCCCCGUCGUCAAGAGGAAAGGGAGAUGGACACCCAAGGGAGGGAUUUCUACCACUAAGAAGAAAGGGAAAUGGACACCCAAGGGAAGGAUUUCUGUCACUCAGAAGAAAGGGAAAUGGAUACCCAAGAGGAAGGGGCUGCCGGCCAAGUCAAUGGGCAGGCCCAAGAGGUGGACCGCUGCCAGUAGGAAUGGGAAACCUCCGGGCGGAAAGAAUUAAAGUGAUAUGAAAUGAGGCUGAUGA